AUGGGAAGCUUAGACUUGAACUUUACAGAUUCUUCCUUGUCCCAAACCGACGUCUUCAAACCCUUAGACCCUGAAGACUUCCGCAAACAAGCUCACCAAAUGGUCGACUUCAUUGCCGACUAUUACGCCAAGAUCGAAUCCUACCCUGUCCUCACCCAAGUCCAGCCCAACUACCUCCGCUCCCGCCUGCCCUCCACCGCCCCAUACCUCCCCGAACCCCUGCAAACUAUCUUCCACGACAUCUCGGCCCACGUGAUCCCAGGCAUCACUCACUGGCUCAGCCCUAACUUCUUCGCAUUCUUCCCCGCCACCGUCAGCACCGCCGCCUUCUUAGGCGAAAUGCUGUGCACUUGCUUCAACGCCGUCGGGUUCAACUGGCUCGCCUCACCCGCCGCCACCGAGCUCGAGAUGGUCGUCAUGGACUGGCUGGCCCACAUGCUCAAGCUUCCCGCGUCCUUCAUGUUUUCAUCGGGCACUGCUGGAGGUGGCGGUGGUGGUGUCAUUCAAAACACCACCAGCGAAGCCAUCUUUGUAACUCUCGUUGCAGCCCGAGACCGGAAGCUUGAGGCUUUGGGAACAAACGACGUGAAAAAGCUCGUCGUUUAUUCUUCUGAUCAGACCCAUUCCACGUUCACCAAGGCCUCCAGGCUCGCCGGGAUAUGUCCUUCCAAUGUAAGGUCUAUCCCCACCAGCCGGGACUCCGAUUUCGCUUUGUCUCCCGAGUUACUUCGUAAGGUGGUGGAGGCAGACGUGGAAUCCGGGCUGGUCCCGCUUUACCUUUGUUUAACAGUGGGGACAACUUCAACCACGGCCGUCGAUCCCCUCGAGCCGCUUGCCGGCGUGGCAAACGAUUACAACAUGUGGGUCCAUGUGGACGCUGCUUACGGUGGAAGUGCCUGUAUUUGUCCCGAGUUUAGGCAUUAUUUGAACGGGGUGGAGCGAGUCGACUCACUGAGUCUGAGCCCGCACAAGUGGCUGCUCAGUUACUUGGACUGCUGCUGCCUCUGGGUCAAGCGGUCGGAUUUGUUGGUCAACGCGUUGAGCACCAACCCGGAGUAUUUGAGAAACCAACCCAGUGAGUCUGACUCAGUGGUGGACUACAAGGACUGGCAACUGGGCACUGGACGUAGGUUCAAGUCACUUAGAUUAUGGCUCGUGCUGCGUAGCUAUGGCGUCGCUAAUAUCCAGAGCCACAUCCGGUCCGAUGUUCGGAUGGCUAGAAUGUUCGAAGGGUUCGUAAAAUCCGACCUAAGGUUCGAGGUUGUGGUGCCCAGAAAGUUUGCGUUGGUUUGUUUUCGGCUCAAGUCAUUUUAUCUGGCCGAGCCGAGUUAUGUUGACUCGCUGAACCGGAAGCUACUCGAGUGGGUGAACUCAACGGGUCGUGCUUAUAUGAGCCACACUGUAGUCGGUGGGGUAUACAUGUUGAGGUUUGCGGUGGGGGCCACGCUAACGGAGGAGAGGCACGUUGUUGCCGCGUGGCAGUUGAUCAAGGAUGGAGCUGAUGCAGUUCUCAAGGUCAAGGGCGUAUGA